AUUUAUCCAUUAUAUAUAUAUAUAUAUAUAUAUAUUUCUUAACCAAAGUUAUUUCUUGUAAACAUCCAAUUUGGUGAGGGUCUUGUUACUAUUACACUCAAAUAUAUAUAGUGUUGCUCUUUGGAAAGCUUAUUAACAUUUGUAUAUAUUUGCUUUCCCUGAGGAAUUCCAGAACCAACUUUUCUUAUACACAUUUGUUUGAGGUAAAAGGAAAUGGAGUGUCUUACUGAAUUAGCAAAAGAAGCUGUCAUAAAACUUGGAGAUUUAGUUGUGGACUCAACUGUGAAGCAUUAUAAAUAUUUGACACAACACAAAAAAAUCACAUCUAAUUUGGAGGAAGAAUAUAAGAAAUUGAAAAGGAUAAAAGAAACACUGGAAAUAAGGGUGAACAUUGAAAAAAGGAAAGGAUAUGAAAUUGCACCUGAGGUUCAAAAAUGGCUUUCUGAGGUGACAAGUAUUGAAAUUAAAUUGCAAAAAUUGCUCUCUGAUGAAAAUAAAGCUAACAAGAACAAAAAAUUCUUUGGUGGAAAAUGUCCAGAUUUUGCAUUAAAUUACUCAUUAGGCAAACAAGGUACUAAAAGCACAGAAGAUAUUACAAGCUUGAAGGAGGAAGAAAAAAAAUUCAAGGACCUAUCUUACCCCAAUGCUGCUUUAACUCUUAAAGAUAUCUUCAUAAAAGAUAUUAAAAGCCUAAUGUCUAGAAAACUACUUAUAACAGAAGUGAUAGAGAAACUAAAGGAUGAUGAAGUCAAAAUGAUUAGUAUUUGUGGAAUGGGUGGAGUGGGAAAAACCACACUUGUAAAAGAACUCAUCAAAUCAAUAGAAAUAAGUAAGUUAUUUGAUGAUGUUGUGAUGACAGUGGUUUCUCAAAAUAUAAAUUAUGAGAAGAUCCAAACUGAAAUUGCUGAGCUUUUAGGCAUUGAAAGUAAAAAAGACAGUCCACAAGGAAGAGCAAUGCAAUUAUUUGCGAGACUGAGUAAAGCUAAUAGAGUCCUAAUUGUGUUCGAUGAUGUGUGGGACAUUCUUGAUUUUGAGCUUAUUGGAAUUCCUUUUAGGGAACAUGAAAAAUCUUGCAAAAUAUUGUUUACGUCACGGGAUGAAAAUGUAUGUCUAGCUAUGGGAAGCAAAGUGAAUUAUCAAGUUCCUGUGUUGUUUGAGGAGGAAGCUUGGUAUCUAUUUCGAGAAAUGGCAGGAAAAGUUGUAGAUAGACGUGAUAUCAAUCCAAUAGCAAGAGAGAUUGCAAAGGAAUGUGGUGGUUUACCUCUUGCAAUUGUGACAGUUGGAAGAGCUUUGAGUAAUGAAGGAAAGUCUGCUUGGACGGAUGCACUUAACCAAUUGAAAAAAUCAUCUUCUUUCUCUCAUGUUGGUAAAUCUGUUCACCCUCGUAUUGAGCUUAGUUUAAAGUUUUUGAAUAGUAAUGUACACCAGUUCUUCCUUAUGCUUUGUGGAUUGUUUCCGGAAGACUUUGACAUUCCUAUUGAAGGUUUAUUGAAUCAUGCAAUGGGCUUGAGAUUGUUCGAAGACAUUACUUCUUCAUGGGAAGCAAGAGAUCGAGUGGAUACAUUGGUGGUUGAUUUGAAGAGAAAGUUCUUGUUGUUGGAUAGCAAUGUCAAAGGAUGUGUAAAGAUGCAUGAUAUUGUCCGUGAAGUUGUCUUAUCAAUAGCAAAUCAAAAUGCAGAAGAUAGGUUUAUGGUGCAAUACAAUUUUAAGUGGAUAAAAAAAGAGAAAUUAGACAACAUCAAUGCACUAUCACUUAUCUUGGAUGAUACAAAAGAGUUAGAAAAUGACUUUGAGUGUACAACGCUUAAACUUCUACAAGUAAGAGCCCAAGAAACAAAACCAAUCUUUUGGCCUGAACAUUUCUUCAAAGGAAUGUGUGCACUUAAAGUUUUAUCUAUGCAAAAUUUGUGCAUUCCGAAAUUGCCAUCUUUAUCUCAAGUCUCAGGUAAUCUCAAUACUUUGCAAGUAGAAUAUUGUGAUGUUGGAGACAUAUCUAUAAUUGGUAAGGAACUUAUACACCUUGAAGUCCUAAGUUUUGCACAUUCAAAUAUCAAAGAACUGCCAAUUGAAAUAGGAAACUUGAGCAUUCUAAAAUUAUUGGAUUUGAUAUGUUGCAAUGAUCUUAAUGUUAUUUCUGAUAAUGUCUUUAUAAGAUUAACUAAGUUGGAAGAACUUUAUUUAAGGAUGUCCAAUUUUCCUUGGAAGAAUAAUGAUGCUGCAAUCAAAGAGUUGAAAAAGAUAUCUCAUAAGCUAAUGGUUAUUGAGAUGAAAGUUAGAGGGGAUGCAAAUUUUCUCAAAGAAUUGGAUUUCAACAAUUUGCAAAAGUUUUGGAUUUAUGUGGAUCCUUAUACUAGGUUACAUCGCUCUUUAUUUUUGGAGUUAAAAGUAUUGAAUUUGUGCGCUAUGGAUUAUCAAUCUAUUUGUAACACAUUGGUGCUCUUACAAUUGGUUAACAAAUGUGAAAUGCUUUCAAUAAGAAAGGUGAUAAACAUGAAAAAUGUUACGACUAAAUUAUUACAUGAUCGCCAAAAUAAAUACUUAAAAUAUUUGAAAGUUGAUUCAUGUCCUAAUUUGGAGUAUCUCAUAGAUGGUAGUAUCUCACAAAUUCAUACACUAGAAUUGAACAAUCUUAAGAAUUUGAAAGAGAUAUGCCAUUCAUCCCAUCAUCAUGAAGUCGAACGAUUGAUGACUGAGUUCUCAGAUUUGGUUGAACUAGAAUUAAGAGACCUCCCAAGUUUUACUGGCUUCAACAAUGCUACCAUUUUGAAUGAGCUAAACCAAGAAUCGGAUGUUGCAACUGAAAUAAGUGAUUCUACAAACACACUGGAUGAAAAACUAUCAGAGUCACAACAUCUUAGAUCCUCACAUGUUAUUGCCAAGUUGUUUUCAUCUAAUUGGAUUAAACAAUUUCCAAAAUUAGAAACAAUACUAUUAAAAAAUUGCAUUUCCUUAGAGGUGGUGUUUGACUUGGGAGGAUAUUUGGAAUCUAGUGUCCAAGCACUAGAAUGGUUGUUUCCUCAACUAACAAAAAUUGAGAUAUCAUACCUCAAAAAUUUGUUAUAUGUGUGGGGCAUUGUUCCACAUCAUGUCCAAGGCUUUCAAAAUUUGAGAUUUCUAAUAAUUUCAAAUUGUGAUUCUUUAAAACAUAUUUUUAAUUCGAAUAUUGUUAGAGCAAUCACAAAUCUUGAGAAAUUGGAAGUGAUAUCUUGUAGGUCGAUUGAGAAUAUAGUGGUUUUGAACAUAGAUGAAAAUGAUGACAUCAAACGACAUGUGAAAUCUAUUAGAUUCAAUAAACUACAUCAUUUAUCACUUUCAAAACUUCCAAAGCUUAUGAGUAUUUGUUCAGAUUCACUUUGGUUAGAAUGUCCAUCCUUGAAGCAAUUUGAUAUCGAUGAUUGUCCUAUGUUGGAGAUAUCUUUCUUACCAAUCCAUGUUGAUGCAAAGCUAGACAACAACGUCGAUGUCACAAAUUGUGCAGACAUAAAAGAUGUUGAUUUUCAAAAUUUCAAAGAAAACAACUCAAAAUCUUCUACUUGGUCCUCUAGAUGUAUGCCAUUUAUACCCAAAAUUAUUCAUCAAGGAAACACAAGUAAGAGAAAUAGUAAGGAAACAUUAGUGGUCCCUAAAAUGCUUGAUCGUGUACCUUUUAUUUAUGAAAUGAAGAGCAGGAAAGGAAAAAGCCAUAUGCCUACUCUACAAAGUCUAUGCAUUGUAAAAUGUCAUUUGUUGGAUUUAUUAUUUUUUCUUGAAGAACAAUGUAAUUUCACCGUUCUAUCAUGCAUGAAGACCAUCAAAAUUGAAAAGUGUGACAAUUUAAAGACCAUAAUAGCUUGGAGAGAAAAGACAAGAGACAUGAUAAAUUCUUUUGUUGUACUAGAAUCACUUCAUUUGAAAAAUUUGCCAAAUCUGACAAGUCUUCAACAUUCCAUGGAUGAACAUGUGAGUGAUCAAAUAAGCAUAAGACAUUUCCCACUCAUUGAUGAGUUCUUAUUUCCAAACUUAACAUCUUUUCUCAUUGAAGCAUGCAACAAAAUCAACAUAUUAUUUUCACAUUCAUCCAUGAGUAGUCUUGAGCGUCUUGAGAAGCUAGAAAUACGAGAUUGUGAAAACAUGCAGGAAAUAAUAUAUCAUCAAGAAGAGAUAGACACAAGUGAAAAUAAGAUUAUGUUCCCUGCAUUGCAGUCUCUACUUCUUAUAAACCUACCCAACCUUAAGACCUUCUCCCAAGGUCACUAUAAUCUUCAUUUUCCAUCACUGCAGAAAGUUGCUAUUGAAGAUUGUCCCAAUAUGGAAGUAUUUUCAAGAGGAUUUUCUGAUACACCUAAGCUCAAGGUUCUCACCAUAAAAAUUGAAUCACUAAUACUCAAGAACAAUUAUAUACUGAAGAUAGACAUCAAUGCCAUUGUUCAAGGAUUUAAAUCAUUUGUUGCAUCACAAGGAUCAAAGAUGUUGAAUUGGACUAAACUACAUAAUGAAGGAUACUCUUUCAAAAGCUCCGAAAUAUAUAUCAAAGACUCUCAUAAAUUGAUUAUACUUGUACCAUACAAUGAGAUACAAGUGCUUCAACAUGUGAAAGAACUCAACAUAAGUUAUUGUGAUUCAUUAGUUGAAGUGUUUGGAUCAAGUAGAGGAGCAUAUACAAAAAAGGGGGAGGUUGUAAGCUUCCAGAACCUGACAAGUAUUUAUGUUGCAAAUUGCCACAAUUUGAAGAGUUUGCUAUCUCAUUCCAUGUCCAGAAGUCUCGUGCAACUUCAAACACUAAAAGUUGAGAAUUGUAAAAUGAUGGAGGAGAUAGUUACAAAGGAAAAUAAGAAUACUAAAGGAGGCAACAUAAAGACUUUAUUUCCUAUGUUGGAGAAAUUGACACUUAUGUAUCUUCCUAACUUGGAAUGUGUUUGUUCAGGAGUUUAUGACUAUGAUAUUCCAUUGUACACUAUUGAAGAGGACGAAGACAUGAAUUGCAAUAAUAAUAAGAUUGAAGUUUCAUUUGUAGAAUUAAAGGUGUUACAAUUUAGACAAGUGCCAAAGCUCAAGUGUUUUUGUUCGGGAGUAUACGACUAUGAUAUCAUGAUGUCAUCAAUUGAAGAGUGUCAAAUUAUGAAAACAUUUCCCCAAACAAAUGUUAUUGUAAAAACACCCAACCUUCAUACACUAACGUGGGAGUUUCAAGAUGUGCCCACACAUGGAGAUCUUAAUUUAACAAUACAUUAUCUUCAUAAUUCCGAGAAAUACAAGGUGGAGUUGCAAAAAUUAGAGACAUUUAAAGAUAUCAAUGAAGAGCUGGUUGGCUACUUCAAAAGAGCAGCAUCACUUGAAAUUGUAAAUUGUCACAAGCUAUUGAAUUGCGUACAAUCCAACACGAUGCACUUAUUCUCACAUAUGAAGACUCUCGAUGUGCGAGAAUGUGAGUACUUAGAAGAGAUAUUUGAAGGAUCAAAUGAUAGUAUGCUGCAUUAUCAAUUAGAUGAGAUAUGGUUGUCUUUGCUGCCAAAAGUGAAGCACAUUUGGAAAAAUCAUAAUCACAUAUUAGGCUUUAAGGAUUUGACAGCCAUACACAUAGAAAAAUGUGAUGAUUUGAGAUGUGUGUUUCCGGAUGUUUCCAUGGCCACAAGCCUUCCAAAUUUGAAACGUCUUAAGGUUUGUGAAUGCGAGAAGAUGGAAGAGAUAAUAAGGAAUAAUAAUAAUUGUAAUCCUAUUACUCAGAAGAUCAUAUUCCCAUCUUUGUGGAGAAUUGAUCUAGAGAAGCUUCCAAGACUCAAAUGUUUCGGUGGAAGCUCU